CCCAACACUCCCUCUCCCAUUGAAUGUGAAUGAUAAAUAAGCUUCGGCGCAGAAAAUGGCGGCGGCGGGGAGCCGUACCUCGUCGUCGGGAAUAUCAGAUUUGAAUAACGGCAUAGACUGUGGAAGCGUCUCCAACAGUGAUUCAAAUGACUCUAAUCUUUCAAGCAAUACGAGAACAGCGAAAACAGGCACCGGGGAAAACUCCCAGUGGAGACGCAAAGAGUUGAGGAAAGUGAGAAGCGUGGAUCUGGAUAAACCCGAGUCGCUGCUGCUGUCACCGGAGACUGAGAGGGCUCGCUUGUCGGCAGAGCUGCAAUUCUUCUCCGUUUCCUCGCCCGGCGGAAUUCACGCUUCCCUGCAAAGCCACAGAAUUAGACAGAGCACUUCACUCAUCGAUCAUCCGUUUCACAGCAAUACUAGCAACAUUAGCUAUCUGCCUACUGGCGCUCAGGAAUUGUUUAGUCCCUCUUUUAAAAGUGACCACCAGUGUGCGGAUAAUGGUGCCACCGGAACUCUGGAGAUAGCAUCCUCACAAAAUGGCCGGGACAUGGACGGUCGGGACGCCCUGCGCAGCCUGCAGAAGAUGGAGGACCGGCCCGAGGAGCGGACCAUCCGGGAGAAGCUGAAGGCCACCUGCAUGCCCGCCUGGAAGCACGAGUGGCUGGAGAGGCGCAGCCGCCGGGGUCCUGUGGUGGUGAAACCCGCCCCUCUGAGACCCCCGGAUGGGGGCGAGGCAGGAGCCGAGGCCCAGCCGCUCAGCUCCCCCCGGUCCCGCGGCCGCCGCAGCCCCUCCCCCGGCCCCUCCUCCUCCUCCUCCUCUUCCUCCGCCUCCUGCAAGACCAGCGGGAAAUCGGAGAUGCGCAUGAAGCGAACCUCCCCGGUCCCCUUUCAGAGCGGGCGUGUCACGCCCCCGCGACGGGCGCCGUCUCCGGACGGCUUCUCCCCCUACAGCCCGGAGGAAACCGGCCGCAGGGUCAACAAGGUCAUGAGGGCCCGCCUCUACCUGCUGCAGCAGAUCGGGCCCAACUCCUUCCUGGUUGGAGGAGACAGCCCCGACAACAAAUACCGGGUUUUCAUUGGCCCACAGACCUGCAGCUGUGGCCGGGGGACCUUCUGCAUCCACGUCCUCUUCGUCAUGCUCCGGGUCUUCCAGCUGGAGCCCCAGGACCCCCUGCUCUGGAGGAAGACCCUCAAGAACUUUGAGGUGGAGAGCCUGUUCCAGAAGUACCACAACCGGCGCAGCUCGCGGAUCAAAGCCCCGGCCCGCUGCACCAUUCAGAAGUUCGUCUCCCGCCUGUCCAGCUCGCACACGUCCUGCGCAUCCAACACCUCCGCCUCCAGCACCGAGAGCAGCAGUCUGAAGGACGAGGAGGAACAGAUGUGUCCCAUCUGCCUGCUGGACAUGCUGGACGAGGAGAGCCUCACCGUGUGUGAGGAGGGCUGCAGGAACAAGCUGCACCACCACUGCAUGUCCAUCUGGGCAGAAGAAUGUCGACGAAACCAGGAGGCCUUAAUUUGCCCUCUUUGUCGAACCAAAUGGAAGUCACAUGACUUUUACAGCUACGAGCAGACCGGCCCGGCGGACGGUGCGGAGGGAGGUCAUCACGGACAGCAGCAAGGGCAGCAGAACCAGGCCACGCCCCCCGACGACGGCCAGACGUCGCCACCGGAGGGCGACUUCAACCUGCCCCGCUACGGGGUGCAGCAGAUCCCCGAGGCCUACGCCGAGCUCGCCGAGCCGUGGGUCAGGGUUUUUGGGAUGGAGCUGGUGGGCUGCCUGUUCUCCCGGAACUGGAACAUUCGGGAGAUGGCCCUGCGUCGGCUGUCCCACGACGUGAGCGGGGCGCUCCUGCUGGCCAGCGGGGCGGGGCCGGGGGCCAACGGAGCGGGGCCGGGGGCCACUGGGGGAGGGUCCGGGGCCCUCGGGGAGCUGGUGGUGGAGUCCUGCUGCAGCGUCCUCUCCGUGGUCUGCGCAGACCCCGUGUACAAGGUCUACGUCGCCGCCCUGAAAACCCUGCGGGCGAUGCUGGUGCACACCACCUGCCACACCGCCCCCGAGCAGGAGAGACUGCAGCGGCUGCUCUCCCCCGUGGUGGAAACCAUACUGGUCAAGUGCGCCGACGCCAACAGUCGGACGAGCCAGCUGUCGGUGUCCACUCUGCUGGAGCUCAGUAAAGGACAGGUGGGGGAGCUGGCGGUGGGCAGGGAGAUCCUCAACGCAGGAUCUAUUGGGAUUGGAGGGGUGGACUUUGUCUUAAAGUGCAUCCUGGGGUCCCAGACCGAACCCAGCAGCUGGCAAGCUCUGCUGGGACGCCUGUGUCUGACCGACCGGCUCCUGCUGGAGUUUCCCGUCGAAUUCUACCCCCACAUCGUCUCCAGCGGGACCGUCCACCACUCGCAGACUCUGGUGGAGAGGUACCAGAAGCUGAUGGCUCUCCUCGGCUUUGCGCUGCGCUCGAUCGAUAACUCGCACUCCAUUGUGGGCAAGCUGUCGCGGCGCCUGUUCCUGAGCGCCGCCCGCAUGGUGGCCCGCGUGCCGCACGUCUUCGUCCGGCUGCUGGACAUGCUGAGCGGCAGCGGCUCGUCGCACCACGCCCGCAUGCGGCGCCGCCUGCUGGCCAUCGCCGAGGAGAUGGACGUGCUGGAGGACGCGCACGCCCUCGUCGUCGGCCCCCUCGCCGGGCCGCCCGCCCCCCGGAACUCCCCCGCGACCUCCGAAAGCAGCUCCCCCGCCCACACCGUGCGGCUGUCCGAUGGUGCGGCCCACGACGGAAUGGCGGGAGCCGGGCCGGAGGACCUCACCGAGAGACUGGCGGCCGUUACCGCGAGUUUCCCGGCGCUGGGGGUGUCAGCUGAUCGCCCAAAGGACUUCAUUCAGGACGGCAGCAGGCCGCCGAGCGAAUGUCAGAGCUCCUCUUCCUCAGGCCACUCCCCUUCCUCAAGCCACUCCCCCUCUGCAAGCCACUCCCCCUCCCUCCCGUCGCCCUCGGCGUCCCACCCCUCGCCCUUCCCGGCACCCGAGAGCCCCAGGGCGCGACCGCGAGACCCCGCCCCCAGCAAGCCGGCCGACGCCUCCCCCGGCGCCCAGCGCAGGCCGCAGAAACUGUCCCCAGUUUUCAGCCCACCUCACGCCCCCCACCCCCUGCCCUCCGGCCACAUCCACAGACCAAAGGCGUCCCGGCCCACCCCUGGGGAGGGGGGCAGGGCCUUCGGGCUGGACGCGCCGGACGUCCCUCCACGCCGCGAGGGGAUCCAGGCGGGCGCGGCCCUCAUCCCCAGCGAGGACACGGCCUUCACCCCCGUGGAGGAGGACGGCCCGGGGGGGCUGGAGGGGUGCGCCGAGCUCAGCUCCAGCAUGGAGGACCUGCUGGAGGCCCCCGUCGUCCCGGGCGACGGCACCGUCACCUUCCGGUCGGAGGUGGCCGUGCUCCCCCCGGAGCUUGCCGGCUCGGAGGGCCACGCCUACACCGACGACGUGGCCCACAACCAGCAGUGCAAGGAGAAGAUGGAGGCCGAGGAGGAGGAGGCGCUGGCCAUCGUCAUGGCGAUGUCGGAGUCCCAGGAUGCUUUGCCCACCAUUCCUCAGCUGCAGGUGGAGAACGGGGAGGACGUCAUCAUCAUCCAGGCGGAUACUCCGGAGACUCUGCCCGGCCCUACCAAAGCGAAGCAGCCCUACAGGGAGGGGGGGGAGUGGCUGAAGGGUCAGCAGAUCGGGCUGGGGGCCUUCUCCUCCUGCUACCAGGCCCAGGACGUGGGCACCGGGACACUGAUGGCCGUCAAACAGGUGACGUACGUGCGGAACACCUCCUCGGAGCAGGAGGAGGUGGUGGAGGCGCUGCGGGAGGAGAUCCGCAUGAUGAGCCACCUGAACCACCCCAACAUCAUCCGCAUGCUGGGGGCCACCUGCGAGAAGAACAACUACAACCUGUUUGUGGAGUGGAUGGCAGGAGGCUCCGUCUCUCACCUGCUGAACAAGUACGGGGCGUUCAAAGAGGCCGUCAUCAUCAACUACACCGACCAGCUGCUGCGGGGCCUGGCCUACCUGCACGAGAACCAGAUCAUCCACAGAGACAUCAAAGGUGCCAACCUGCUGAUCGACAGCACGGGGCAGCGGCUGCGGGUGGCGGACUUCGGGGCGGCUGCCAGGCUGGCGUCUAAGGGCACGGGGGCCGGGGAGUUCCAGGGCCAGCUGCUGGGCACCAUCGCCUUCAUGGCACCCGAGGUGCUGCGGGGGCAGCAGUACGGCCGCAGCUGCGACGUGUGGAGCGUGGGCUGUGCCAUCAUCGAGAUGUCCUGCGCCAAGCCGCCCUGGAACGCCGAGAAGCACUCCAACCACCUGGCGCUCAUUUUCAAGAUCGCGAGCGCCACGACGGCUCCGGCGAUCCCGGCCCACCUCUCCCCGGGCCUGCGGGACGUCACCCUGCGCUGCCUGGAGCUGCACCCCCAGGACCGGCCUCCGUCCCGCGAGCUCCUCAAGCACCCCAUCUUCCGCCUCAACUGGUAGCCAGCGACUCCCCCCCCACCCAGGCCUGGAGAGUGUGGACCUCGGAACACAACCCAGGCCCUGAGAGCCCCGCCUGUCCACAGAGGAGCCAAUCACAGGAAAGCUCUCUCAAAGCAGCCAAUCGCAUGGAAAGCCACAAAGCAACCAAUCACAGCCCUUAUGUGCCUCCACGUGCAAUGGCCCCUGUCUGCUGUACCUUUGCACAAAAUGCAAAGCAAGUCACAUGAUCUGUUCAUGAAUUGUGCCUUGUUAAAAAGUGCGAUAUAAACUCUCAUUCCACCAGCUUUAAUGGCAAGUCCUACACUUAUUUUUUAAACUAUAUACUAUUUAUGUAAUAUAUGUUUUUUUCUCUAUUAAGGAAGUUAUUUGAUAAUCUUUUUUUAGCACUUUUGCAUCCAUUUGCAUAUUGUGUUUUUUUUAAAUGUUUUUUUUAAUCCUCUCAAAAGUCACAAAUAUUUUUGACCACAAACGCAUUCAUAUGCAUUUCACAGUAUAUCACUGUCCGUUGCUGUAUACUUGGUAAGCAGAGUCGCUAAAUGAUUUAUUAUGAUAUUAUUCAACUUUAAUUGUUGUUUUUUAUGUAAUGACCAUAUAUAUACACACACAUGUACACACAUCCUCCUGAUUUGUGCAUUGUACUGUUGGGUCGGUUAGCUUGAAUAAUCAGAAAAAUUAAGCUAUAUUCCUUAUACGUGUUUCAGGGAAAAGUGAUAUUUUAUAAACAAUGAAAGUAGAAACAAUGAUGAAUGUGAAAACUUUUGAUGCUGAUACUUCAGUGAUGUGAUGUGUAGCAUCUGGAUUUUAAAAGUAGACGAAAUGUAGUGAUAUACAGCAUAUAUAUAUAUACACACACACACACAUACUGUAAUGUAUUAGGAAUGCAUUUCUGUGCUUUUAGGUGUUAUUUGAAUCAUGUUAGUCAAAUUUAGCCUUUCUAAUUUGAGACCUUUAUAAUGUUUAAAAAAAAAAAAAAAAAAAGGUUUCAGGGGGAUGUUUUGAUGUCAGGGCACAAUUUUUUUGCUGUUUUCUUAAAUCUCACUGAUAACAUUUGGCCCUUGUGAAUCUGAAGAGGAGGUUUGCUUGGAUAUUAUCAUUCCAUCUCUAAAUAGAGCUUUGCCAUAUUUUUUAGUCAUUGAAUCGGAUAUUUCUCAAAUAUUUCUUUGGUGCUGUUCCUUCAACUUCAGUCAACAAUUUACAUGCUUUUAUGAACAAGUUAUAUUGGAUUAUUUUGGGAAAGAUAUACAUUGUUUUUUUUCCUGGUCUUCCACAAGGUUUUUAUUUGUUGUAUAUUUCUACGUUAUGCAACAUCUGUUUGUGUGUGUGUGUGUGCGUGUGCGUGUGCGUGUGCGUGUGUGCGUGUGUGUUUGUGUGUGUGUAUGUGUGCGUGCUUGUGUGUGUUCUCAUGUUAUACUCUGGUCUCAGUAUUGAAAACAGCAGGGGAACUCAUAGAAGCAUGCUGUAGAUUUUUAUUUGUUUUAGUCAUUAUUCAUUGACCAAUUUCAUUGUUCUAACUAACUGUGUUAUUCUGGUUGUAAUCUGUGAAGGAAGCAAAAUAAGAUGGCAAUUGAGCUCUCUUGUAAACAUUUCGGAAUAGCAAAAAAACUUUGCACGAUGUAAUGUGUGUUUCAUUGAUACCCCAAAACAAACCAUUCAUCUAGAUGUGUCAUAUCAGUGUUUUUUGUGAUUUGGCUGAAAAACAAACAAAAAAAUCUUACUAAACUGAAACUUCAGUCUAUAAAGAUAUUUUUGUACAAGUUGGAUUAAGGCUGGAGAGUUCAAGUACUGUUUAGUAGCUACAAGUCAUGUACUUUUGUACUCAUGUUUCUUUUGUGCCACUUCAUAAAUCCAGAUUUUUUUAAUACUGUUUUUAUUUUUCUUACUUUUUUGUAAGAGCUUUACAUGUAUGCACACUUGCAAUUUAUUUACUGGAAAAACUCAUUUCUCUCAGACACGUAAAAGGUAUUCAGUAUUACUUAAAUGUAUCUCACCUGUAGUUCUGAUGGAUGUCCAUGGCUUUGAUUUAUUUUCUCGUCUUACUGCAUCUUCUACAAACUUACAGGUGUAUUUUGUAUUAUUUUAAAAGCGGAAGUUAUGUAUUCUUAUUUUCGUUUCUGAAUUGUAGCUGGACUGCUAUGUGGAUUUUUUUUUUUUUUUGCGCCAUUUCCUGUUUCACUUGGUACUUUUUUUUUUUAUUUGUAAAUAACGUCUAUUGCUGUUUUAUUCCAUUCUGUACUACCUCAGGUAUACUAUAGGUUUUCUUCUACCAAAGUUCACUUUCUCUAUAUAUGCUAUUUUGCUGUAUUUUUUCUUUGAAGAUGUCCAGGGCUUAAGGGCUAACCUCUAUUAGCACCUUAUUGUGCAAGCAACUUUAAAUCUCUGGGUAAAGAAGAAAUUGGCUUAAAUUGUAUUUUGUAUUUUGAAAUAUAUAAAGAUAUUUUAAUUAAAGGUUUAGCCAAUUGAUGCAUUUUAUAGCAUACUGUUGAAAUGUUCUGGUGUUCGUCUUAAUAGUAAAUAAAAGAUUUUCUGGGGAAA